UAAUUGUCAAACUCAAGUGUCAUUUGUGAAUAUUUUGAAGCCGAGAUAAAACAUCAGAUCAAAAGAAAGAAACGGGAAGUUAUAAUCAUCAAUGUGUUUCCAUUAUUUCCGUUUCUAACAUUAAAACUGUAUUCAACAAUUUUUUAAAGUAGUGCUUGUUUCUACCUUUACUACUUAGGCGCAUAAAUACAGGUAUAUCACAAUGGCAAAUCAAUGGGGUCAAAAAGCAGAAGAGUUGGAAAUUUCUAAUAAAGUAGCAGGACUUGGAUUGGCAAAAAAGGGAUCCAAUCAAACGUCAGAAUCUCCUGAAGAUUCUCCGGAUGUCGCAAAUCCUGCUGAAACUUCAUUAUUGAUGAAGAUAAUUCGACAAGGUUUAGUUGAAUCCAAAUUAGAUAUCGAAAUACAAAGGAAAGAUCCCAAUUCUCCUCUUUACUCUGUUAAAACUUUCGAAGCUCUGCAUUUAAAACCAAAUUUACUGAAAGGUGUUUAUGCCAUGGGUUUUAAUGCUCCAUCAAAAAUUCAGGAAACAGCUUUACCUACACUAUUAGCAGAUCCUCCGCAAAAUAUGAUUGCACAAUCCCAAUCAGGGACUGGUAAAACUGCUGCAUUUGUAUUAGCCAUGUUAAGUAGAGUUGAUCCCUCUAAAAAUUAUCCACAAGUCUUAUGUCUCAGUCCUACGUAUGAACUUGCUAUACAAACUGGCGAAGUAGCAGCAAAGAUGGCCAAAUUUUGUCCUGAAAUAAAGUUAAAAUAUGCUGUAAGAGGGGAAGAAGUUCCAAAGGGAACUAAAAUUACUGACCAUAUACUUAUUGGAACCCCUGGUAAGAUGUUAGAUUGGGGUGUUAAGUUUGGAAUGUUUGAUUUGAACAAAAUUAGAGUAUUUGUAUUAGAUGAAGCUGAUGUUAUGAUUGAUCGUCAAGGACAUCAAGACCAAUGUAUCCGAAUUCAUAAAUGUCUUCCUCCCACUUGUCAAAUGAUGUUCUUCUCUGCUACAUAUGGUAGUGCUGUUAUGGUAUUUGCUGAAAUAAUAGUACCCAAUCCAAUCAUAAUUAGAUUAUUGAGAGAAGAAGAAUCUUUAGAUAAUAUUAAACAAUAUUAUGUUAAAUGUAAAAGUACAGAAGAAAAAUACCGAGCUAUUUGUAAUAUUUAUGGUGUGAUAACAAUUGGUCAGGCAAUCAUUUUUUGUCACACAAGAAAAACAGCUAGUUGGCUUUCAGAAAAAAUGUCUAAGGAUGGACAUUCAGUAGCUGUAUUAUCUGGAGAGCUAACAGUUGAACAAAGAAUAGCGGUACUUGACCGUUUCAGAGGAGGCCUAGAGAAAGUUUUAAUAACAACCAAUGUACUUUCGCGUGGAAUAGACGUGGAACAAGUUACACUUGUAGUUAACUUUGACAUGCCAAUGGACAUGAACAAAAAAGCAGAUUGUGAGACCUACUUGCACAGAAUUGGCCGUACUGGAAGAUUUGGCAAAGCUGGCAUUGCAAUAAAUCUAAUUGAUUCACCACAGACUAUGGAUAUAUGCCUUGAUAUUGAAGCACACUUUGGUAAAAAGAUUCAUCUGCUAGAUAUUGAAGAUGCAGAGGAAAUUGAAAAAAUUGGUGCAUAAUUAUAAAUGAAUGUAUCUUAAGCUUGCUUAAUUUUUGCAAUCUUUCCUUUCACAUUGCUUUUAAAUAUCAAAAUUAUUUUUAAGGUUUAUAAUAAAACACAUUGUUAUUA